UCCACGUCUCUCACAAAAAGUUUAGUUUUCAUCUGUACUCUUUGUGUGAUCAUAGUUUGCCUCUCUGUGGCGUGUAGGGCUCUUGUAAGACCCUCCCUUGUCCCUUCCUCAAAUUACACAGCAAGCAGUUUACAUAUUGUGAGCAAAAGUGGAAUUCAUACGUAACUGGGAAUGUUAUAUAAGGGCACUUAUAGGUCUGCCUGUGCUCGCCUGUGAUCGCCUGUGAUCGCAGACAGACAGGAACCUGGUACAAGCACUCAGACAGCCAGGUUACAAAGAUAGAAAGAGGGGGGAAAGAAACACAUUUUAGAGUGACUGAAGCACUUAGGCUUCAGCUGGGGGUUCAGGACGGAUUCCUUUUUUAGAUGUUGGAGAGGAUUGAGGCUGGAAACCAGAAGACAUCAAGGGGACCGAACCAGUAAAUCAAAUACAAAGCAGGAGGAGAUAGUUGGAAUUCAUUGGUGUAUAAAGGCAAUUCAACAGUGAAUGUUUGACAACGGACCAAAAGCCAGCUGUCAGAGAAGCUGCUGAAGACGGGACGUCAGGAGGAACCACCGUACACAUUUAAAAAAGAACUUUGGCUUCUGGUUCCCGGUCUGCUCGACUAACACGACAGCGUCAGUCAUGUCGAAGGAAAAAGAGUUGUCCUACAGCGAAGCCAUUCAGAGGGCAGGCACCAACAUCUGUCGCUUCCCUCUCAUCCCAGUCAGAGGAAUUCCUCUCAUGAGCUACAUCGCCAACAACUGGGACUCCAUCUGGGCUUUCCGUCCUGACCCCUCAGACCUCCUCAUCGCCACCUACCCCAAAGCAGGGACCACAUGGACCCAGGAGAUAGUUGACCUGCUUCUAAACAACGGAGAUGCUGAGGCCUGCAAACGAGCCCCAACACCCGUCCGCAGUCCUUUCCUAGAGCUCUUCUCCCCACCACCCAUCCCCUCAGGUCUUGAUCAACUGAAAAUAACGGAUCCUCCAAGGAUUAUCAAGACACAUCUUCCUCUUCAGUUGGUGCCUACAGGAUUUUGGGAAAACAAGUGCAAGGUUAUCUACGUGGCACGCAACGCCAAAGACAACCUGGUGAGCUACUUCCACUUUGAUUGUAUGAAUCUGACCCAACCUGAGCCCGGUCCCUGGGAGGGCUACAUUCCCAAAUUCAUGCGAGGAGAGUUGCCAUGGGGCUCCUGGUAUGACCAUGUGAAAGGUUACUGGAUGGAGAGAGAGACGAAGAACAUCCUUUACCUCUUCUAUGAGGACAUGAAAGAGAAUCCUCGGCGUGAGGUGGAGCGCAUCAUGAGGUACCUGGACAUGUCCGUCUCUGAUGAGGUCAUCAGCCGGAUUGUGGAGCUCACGUCCUUCAAGAACAUGAAGGAGAACCCGAUGGCCAACUACUCCUGCGUCCCAGCACCAGUUUUUGAUCAGUCCAUCUCUUCCUUCAUGAGAAAAGGGGAAGUAGGUGACUGGAGAAACCAUUUCACACCCGAGCAAUCGAAGAUGUUUGAUGAAGAUUAUGAAAAGCAAAUGAAGGAUGUCAACAUACCAUUUAGGGACCUUAUCUGACGGAUUUGGGCAUCUUUCCAAACUGAUGGAGCUCUUCAAACCAAAAACAGAUGAACUGACGCUGUGCAGCAGUCCGAAAAUUUGGCACAAGCUGAAUACCAAAGCAAAAAAUUAAUCAUAUAUUUGUUUGAGCCUGUUUAUGUACAAUGUAAUCACUGCACCUCCUGAUGUGUAGAUACAAAGGAAAACCAUCUAAUGUAUGCUUAAAGGAUCAAUGAAGAUGUGUGCCACAAUACAAGUACAUGAGUUUGUAAUCAUCAUUUUAUUGCAGCUUAUCACGUAAACAAUAUAUAAGACCACAAGUGUUGUGACUAAGUGGACAUGCCCAUUUUACGUCAUGAGACUUCCAACAGAGUAUGCUGACUGCAUGGAGCCUAUAGAGUGUUGGCACCUGGAGGCAUGUAGUUUUUCUGCCCAUAUGAAGUCAUUUUGCAACCCUACACCACACUGUACAAAGCCCAGCCAAAGAAGGGAGGCUGCACAAGACACGAGCAACAAAGACUAGAAUAAAAUAAAUGAGCUGGAAAGUCAAUCAUAUGAAAAUGGACAGAGGACACAAAAACACAACAGCUGAGAAUAUCCAAGUUUAACAAAAAAAUCACUUUCACAUACUUUAUUUCUGAGAAUAAAAUCUUAAAUAUUUGAA